CGCGGCGCGCUUGCCGAGUUCCUCGCGAUGACCCUCUUUGUCUUCUUUGGAUGCGGGGCUGCGGCUGGCAACGCUCACUUUGAGGACAACGAUUGGGACCCGGCCUCGGUGAUGGUCAUCAGCCUGCAGUUUGGUCUCGCCAUCACGGUUCUUGCUUUCGCCACCGCGCACACCUCUGGUGGGCACAUCAACGCCGCAGUGACCUUUGGACUUACUCUCGUCGGCAAGUGCCACCCCGCCCGGGCCGCUGUCUACGUCGUUGCACAGCUCGCCGGCUCCAUCACCGGAGCGGCUAUCCUGCAGGGCGCCACCAGCGGUGGGCUUGACCGGUCGGGGAACCUUGGCGCCAAUGGGCUUGCCCCAAACGUGUCGCUCGGCAACGCCUUUGCUUUUGAGUGCAUGGCCACGUUCUUCCUGAUCUACAUCGUCCUCGAGACGGCGGUCAACCCUCACUCGGUCACUACGAACGGUGAGUCUUCCAUCCUCGGAAACAAGCAAAACCUGGCGCCUUUCUCGAUCGGCUUCGCCGUCUUUGUCGCGCACGUGGCCUGUAUCCCAGUCACCGGCUGUUCGAUCAACCCAACGCGGUCCUUCGGGCCCGCUGUGAUCUCUGGACAAUGGGAGGAUCACUGGCUUUGGUGGGUCGGGCCGCUGGCGGGAUCGCUCGGCGCGAUUCAUCUCUGA